AUGGGCGCACAAAAAUCGAAAGAAAAUCUUACAACAAUAUCAAAAUCAACGGCAUCAUUCAAUAUUCGUCAAUCGCGACAACGAGUGACACAAAACUACUUUCUUGUAUGGGUAGAUGCCAACAUCGAUCAAACAAACAAGGACUGUCAAAAUACACUAGCUCAAUUGAAGAACGUGAUCAAUGACGUCAACCUAUGCACUGAAAUGAAUCAGUGUAUCCAAACACUCAAUCAGGUUGGCAGUGAAAGAGCCUUCGUCAUAACAUCAGGCUUGUUAGGUCAACAUUUAGUUCCUGAAAUUCAUGGAAUGCCACAGCUAGAUGCCAUUUACCUCUUUUGUGGCAACAAAUCUAAACAUCAAGAGUGGGCUCAAAACUGGACAAAAAUCAAAGGUGUCCAUACAAAUAUUGAAGAGGUCUGUCAGGCAUUGCAAUUGGCUGUCAAGCAAUGCGACCAAGACUCAAUUGCCAUAAGUUUUCUCAUGAUAAAUGAAAUGGCUUCAACUGAUAAUUUAAAUCAAUUGGAAUCAACUUUUAUGUAUACCCAACUAUUCAAGGAAAUUCUCCUUGAUACCGAAUAUGAUCACAAGGCAAUCAGGAACUUAGCAACUCGGUGCCGCGAGAUUUUUAAUGAUAAUCCAAUUGAAUUACAAGUUAUUAAUGAAUUCGAACAUGAUUACCUUCCAGAACGAGCAAUAUGGUGGUAUACACGUGAGUGUUUUACCUACAAAAUGCUCAAUCAAGCACUUCGAAUUCUGGAUGCCGAUAUAAUCAUUAAUAUGGGCUUUUUUCUAUGUGAUAUACAUAAACAAAUUCAACAGCUGUACAAACAACAGGUUAGUAGCUAUGGAAGAAAGUCGUUUGUAGUUUAUCGAGGACAAGGUCUUAAGAAAUCAGACUUCGAAAAACUUCAGAAAACAAAAGGUGGACUUAUGUCAUUUAACAAUUUCUUGUCUACCAGUAAAACUAAAGAUGUAUCCCACCGUUUUGCCCAAGAUGCUUCAAACAAACCAGAUAUGGUGGGCAUUCUCUUUAUAAUGUCCAUUGAUCCUUGUUUAAAAUCAGCACCAUUUGCCUCCAUCUGCGAGGUGAGUUAUUUUAAGGAAGAAGAAGAAAUGCUCUUCUCAAUGCACACCGUUUUUCGAGUGAAUGCAAUUAAACAAAUGAACAAGAAGAAUCAACUGUAUCAAGUUGAAUUACAAUUAACGUCGGAUGAUGAUCAACAAUUACGAUCACUUACUGAUUGGAUACGAAAGGAAGCGGAUGGUACUGGAUGGCAAAGAAUGGGCAAAUUAUUGCUUAAAAUUGGUCAAUUUAAUAAAGCUGAAGACCUUUAUAGCGUACUACUUGAACAGACAUCUGACGAGAGUGGAAAAGCGCUUUAUUACAAUCAAUUGGGAUAUGUCAAAGAUAAUCAGGGUGAUUAUGAAAAAGCUAUUUGGUAUUAUGAACAAGCACUUAAAAUACAAGAAACAUCUCUUCCUUUAAAUUAUUCUCAUUUGGCUACUACAUACAACAACGUCGGUGCGGUGUAUAAAAACAUGAAAGAGUACUCAAAAGCACUCUCAUUUUACGAAAAAGCACUUGAAAUUGAUCAAAAAACUCCUACAAAUCAUCCUCAUUUGGCUACUUCAUACAAUAACAUCGCUUUGGUGUAUGACAACAUGGGAAACUACCCGAAAGCACUUUCAUUUUACGAGAAAACACUCGAACUUCUUCAAAAAACUCUUCCUUCAAACCAUCCUGAUUUCGCGCAGUCAUACAACAACAUCGGUAAUGUUUAUAUGAAUAUGAGAGAGUACUCGAAAGCGCUUUCAUUUUACGAAAAAGCACUGGAGAUUCGACAAAAAACUCUUCCUUCAAAUCAUCCUUCUUUGGCUACUUCAUACAACAACAUUGGUGCAAUGUAUAAGAACAUGGGAGAGUACGAAAAAGCACUUUUAUCUCACGAAAAAGCACUGGAGAUUCGACAAAAAACUCUUCCUUCAAAUCAUCCAGAUAUCGCACAAUCAUACAAUAACAUCGGUUCGGUGUAUAAAAAUAUGGAAGAAUAUGCGAAAGCACUUUCAUUUUAUGAAAAAGCACUGGAAAUUCAAGAAAAAACUCUUCCUUCAAAUCAUCCACAUUUGGUUACUUCAUACAAUAACAUUGCUUUGGUGUAUGAAAACAUGGAAGAAUACUCGAAAGCACUUUCUUAUUAUAAAACAGCACUUGAAAUUCAAGAAAAAACUCUACCUUCAAAUCAUCCUUCAUUAGCUACUUCGUACAACAACAUGGGUUUUGUGUAUGAAAAUAUGAAAUACUAUUCGAAAGCACUUGCAUAUUAUGAACGUGCUCUGAACAUAUGGCAACGUGCAUUAUCUCCAACUCAUCCUCAUAUAAAAACUGUGCAAAAGAGUAUUGAAAUUGUAAAAAAGAAAUUAUAA